AUGGCCAAUUCGGGGAACAAAUAUACCGGAGCGACAGCGAGGGUUGCCGGAUUUUUUUCAAAAAUUGAUAGAGUGUUAGUCAAUGGUGAGUGGGUGGAUCAGAUGCCGGAUAUAACUGCGCAUGUACUACCAGAGGGAAUCAGCGAUCACUGCCCUUUAAUGGUUCAGAGGUCACAGCCAUCUUCUAAGAAGAGGAGCAAAGCAACUUGGAUAAGGCAAGGAGACGAUAAUACCAAAUACUUCUUCUCUGUGAUUAAAAAGAGGAAGCUAAUUCAAACCAUCACUCUCAUUCGGGAUGAACAAGGGCGGCGACGACAAGAUGAACAAGCACAAGUAACAGAGGUGUUUGUGAGAUAUUAUCAACAACUCUUGGGUGACUCUGGGGGUCCAAGGAAACCAGCCGAUGAUAGAAUAUUUGCGCAUGGACCUACGGUAUCAGCAGAACAGCAAUGGGGGCUACUUCAGCCAUUUAACAUGCAUGAGAUUAAAACAGCGAUGUUCAGCAUCAAGGCCAACAAAAGCCCAGGCCCGGAUGGAUACGGAGGGGGAUUUUAUAGAGCAGCAUGGGAUAUAGUGGGAAAUGAGGUAUGUGAAGCUGUCUUGGAGUUCUUCGCAAGUGGAAAAAUCCUGAAACAAAUAAAUGCCACUAUGAUCACCAUCAUCCCCAAAGUUGAGAAACCAGUCCAGGCUAGUCAGUUCCGCCAAUUGCGUGUUGUAAUGUCUUGUAUAAAUGCAUCUCCAAAUUGCUAUGUAGCAAAGCUAAAAAGAGGUCUUACCAACAAUAGUGAAUCCUACAAAAGUCGCGUUUGUACAAGGCAGAUCACUAGUCCAAAAUGUUCUUGUGUGCCACGACCUACUAAGGCAUUAUAA